AUGUCUUCAAAACAACUUUCAACACCUCCACCAACACAGCCUAGAAGAUCGUAUGAAAACACUCUACGAACAAAUCAUUAUCAACAAAUGAAUAUACGAUUAAAUUCACAAUCAGCAGUAAACGAUAGAACGGCGACAUCAUCAUAUCGUCAAUAUCCAAAUAUCUCUAGUCGAUCAUAUAAUAAUAACACAGAUUAUCCAUAUGCUUCGAGUUUAUAUGGAAUUAAUCGACAAUCAUCACCUACUAUCGUAACUUCCUCUCCGCCGUUAUAUUCAACUCCAAAUAGACCCCAGACAGAUAUGAGAAAUCAGUCUCAUCAUCCGCAACAGCGACAUUUAUCCCGUAGUAUGAGUGACGAUUAUUGUAUUACAAGAUAUCAAGAAAUAAAUAAUUUAAAUGGUGAAAACUAUGGUGAUAAUGACGAAAAUGGAGAUGAUGAUGAUGAGCAGUCUUCUGAAAUUUUCAAUUACACCUUCCAUGAUACAGGUGAUGCUGAAUCACCUGCCGCUUCACCUAUGGCAUCAUAUCGUCAUAUAGGAGUUUUAAAUUCUCCUAAUAUAAAUAAUAAUAACAACAGUAAUCAUCAUCAUCAUAUAUCAUCAACUUUACAUCGUGAUCAAUACGAUUAUUCUACGAAUAAAUAUAAUCAACAACAACAACAACAACACCAACAACAACAUCAACAACACAAUUAUAAAACUUUAACGAUGCCAAAAACUCAUUAUCAAAAUAUAACGACUACGGCAACGACAAAAGAUUUUCUUCCAAAAGAUAAUGGAUCAAAUUACUUAACAGCAUCAUCAUCAUUUGAUUCUGAAUCAAAUUCAAAUGGAAAUGAAUCAGCAAAGCGUAUUAAUAAUCCCAAUGGAAAAUUUUCUAUACAAAAAAUGAUUAGACAUGGUUUUUCAUCAUGGCGUACUCGAAAGAAACCAUCAUCGGCAUCAUCACCACCACCUCCGCCACCAUCGUCAGUCAUUUCAACAAAUACAAUCUAUUCAAAUAAUUUAACUUUACCACCAUCUCAUGCGCCAUUAUCAACUGGACGUUAUAUCACACAUUCUGAUGAUUUUUCUCCAAUACCUCCUCCAACAGCUGCACGUUCCAUAUCAGUUGACUCAAUAAUCAAUAGAACAUCACCACCAAAAGUUGUUAAUACGCAACCAAUUAUUUUUUCAUCUCCAAGAGCAAAUAGUGUUGAUAGUGUAACAGUAGAUUUUGAUCGACCACCAACUACUACUCGAGCGUUUAUUCAUUCACCAUGGAGUAGUUCAUCCAAUACUACAACAAAUAAUACGACAACUACUACUCCUUCUCAUUCUCAUACAGAAUCAAUAUAUCGACCAACGCCAGUGCCUGUUGCUCGUGUCUUACCUGUACAGUUUGCUGAACAAAAUAAAAUACGUUCACCACGAUCUCCACCAGCACCAAUACCACCACCCCCAUUGUCGUCAUCUACUGCAACGCCACCACCUCCGUCACCUAAUGUACCCACAACAACGACAAGAAUAAUUGAAACACAUAAUAGUACAACUCCGGCAACAGUAAUUAAUUCAAAUCCACUUAAAAUUCCACCACCUGUUGCACCUAAACCUGAUGCUAAUCGUCUUACACCAAUUCGUACAAAUUAUUUAAAUCAAAAUAAUAAUAAUUAUCAUUCUUCAUCUUCUGUUAAUCCUACACCGCCCCCACAACCAGUACAACCGCCUUCAACAGCUAAUAUUACCCUUAAUACAAUUCCAUAUUCUUCUGUAACUACAACUGCUAAUGAACCGCGUCGUUUAAUUUUACCUGAAAAAUAUAUAUCAAAUCAAUUUAAACCUAUACAUGAUAAUAAUACAAUUGUUUACACAAAUACUACUCCGACUCCAGCAGUACGUCCUGUAGCUAGUAGUAAUAUUUCAGCAUUACAAGAAAAAUUUCAACUACGUUCAUCACCUGUAACUACAGCAAAUCCAUCUGGAUUCCCAAUAACAAUAACAUCAACAAAUACGAAUAAUAUGUCUCCAACUGUAAAUAAUACAUCUUCAACAAUGAUGAAUUCUUCAUCAACACCAACAUGUAUACAAACAAAUAAACAGAUAACUGUUCAAGAUAUUGAUACAACUAGAUAUGAAGAAAUUCCAGCAAAAGAACCCGAUCUAACACGACGACCAGAAAAAAGUGCAUUAAAAAAACCGAAUGGUCUUAAACGUCGUGUUAUACCAGUUCUUCGAGAGAAUCAACGUCCAUCACCACGUCCUAGUCCAAAAAAUAAACCAGUUGUUAUUUUUACUUCUCCAACAUCGCCCAAUGAUGAACAUAAUGUAGAUAAUGCACAUAAUGAAAAUGAACCUUCUCCGUCUGAAGAUGACGAUGAGGAUGAUGAUGAUAAUGAUGACGGUAAUAAUGAUACAAAAAAACCGUUUGCUACUGUUAAACGUAAUGAUUCAUUAGCACGUUUUCUCAAAGAUCGUCCAUUACCUAAUGAAUUAUUUGAUAAACAUAUUCUUGUUAAACCAGUAGAUGAACGUAAAAAUGAACGUGAAACAAUUGAAACGAAAUUAGAACGAAAAUUAUCAUUAAGACCAAGUCUAGAAGAACUUGAAGCACGAAAUAUUUUACGUGCCAAAACACAAGCAGAAUUAAUAGCAGAAAAAGAAGAAAAGAAACGUUAUUUAAUACGUAAACUUAGUUUUCGACCAAGUAUUCAAGAACUUCGUGAUCGUAAAAUAAUUCGUUUCUGUGAUUAUAUUGAAGUAUCUGAAUGUGAUGAUGUUGAUCGACGUGCUGAUAAACCAUGGACACGUUUAACACCACGAGAUAAACAAAUGAUUCGAAAAGAACUUAAUGAUUAUAAAAGUUUAGAAAUGGAAAUUCAUCCCGAAAGUGCAAAAUAUACACGUUUUCAUCCUCCUUAA